AUGGGACUUUGCCAAUCUACAGUGGACGUUUCCCCAGCAAAAUCGAAUUCCGAAGAAAAUGUGGAAAAAGAAAGAAAAGCAAUAUCAGAGAUGCUUAAAACCGCAGAGCUGGCAGAUGGACUCCUAGGAACCACUCUUCAAUGGGAAGAUGUACAGAAAAUUGCAGAAGAGAGUGCGGGACAUAACCUGAAAAUAGGAGAGAAGAAGACAAUCAAACCUUUGGCAGAGGGAGUUGGGCUUCAAUCUCUGUUAGGUAUCGCUGAAAUUGAUUGGGAAGUCGAAGGAGAUGACAAGGCUCCAUAUCCAAACAAAUUUGCGUUGAAGAUUGGAUCACCUGUGGCAUUGCUUCAAGCUCUAGAAGCACAAGCUGCAAAGUUACCCCCAGAUGUGGCAGCAAACAUUUCGGAUGAGUUUAUAAGUUUUUUACCUCCGUGCCAUAAUUCUGAAAACUACUUCUACAAAUACAUUCAAAGUCUUCCAAAACUUGACAUUCUUCCUGAUUUCUACUUUGGAAAUCAGAUCGAAUUAGAAAAAGAUGGGAAUUAUUCGAAAGGAUGUAUUGCAAUCGAACUUGUUGAAGAUAUCAAAACUCUUUCUCCAUUGGAAAAUUUCAGUGAUGAUCAGAUGCUUCAGGUUCUAGAUGCCCUCGCCAAACUUCAAGUUCAAUUUAUAAAUUUAUCCGAAGAUAAGAGAAGAGAGGCCCCACAUCAAGGAUUAUCAGGACUUUAUUCUCCGUUUAAAGAUUGGUUCCUCCAGUUGAAUAACGGGCUAAUGGCUCUCUUCCCCGACCCAGAAAUGCAAAAAUUGACUGAAACCUUUGCAACAACUCUUCCUGAAAUAAUAACAGCUGAUGAAUUGGAUUUAGUUCCAUGCAAACUUGGAAUGAAGAAGGUAUUUGUGCAUGGUGAUUUAUGGUCAGCAAAUAUUAUGUGGAAUCAAGAAGGACAUUUGAAGAAGUUGAUCGAUUUUCAGAUGAUUCAUUUUGGUUUGGCUGCAACUGAUUUGGCACGUGUGAUGAAUACUUGUUUAAGUCCAGAAGAACGUCAUGCUAAUAAGGAAAAGUAUCUUAAACAUUACUUUGACUGUCUUACAAAACAUUGCAAAGAAGAUGAUCAUCCAGUGCCCUUUGAUUUAGAGCAGCUAACAACCACCUACAACUUGGCAUAUCCUCGAGUCUCAGCCUACCUGCUCCCUGCUCUGACAGCAGUUCUAGAAAAAGUUGUCUCAAUGCCAAACAUUCCUGCAAAACCAAUGGUUAUUGGUUCAUUUAUUUCGAAGGUCAAAGGAAUUUAUUCGGAUAUUAUCGCAACCCAUGAAAGUCGUCCGGAAAUCUAAAACUGGGUGUAUAUAAUCUUUUAAAUGUUUUGAACUCUGAAAUUAUAUUCAAUAUUCUAUAAUCCUUUCCACACUUUUUCGCUACUCCUUUCGCCACAAUCAUCAUCGUUUUCCAAAUUCUGUACGUCCUAUUAUUCAAAUUUCCUGAAAUUUAGUAUAAAACAUGUAAUUCCUCUCGCGUUGAUGUUCCCUCAAACCUAUUCUCUUUCAUUUUUACCAACAAAACAUGGAAAAAGAUACAACUCUUGGAAUCGUGUGUGCUGUUGUUUCUGCAAUCACAUUCGGUUCCACUUAUGUUCCAUUGAAAUGGUUUCAUAAAGGAGAUGGGUUGUAUUUCCAAUGGGUUCAGUCACUUGGACAGCUUUUGGUUGGAGUUGCUGUUGCAAUGACAACAGCUCCAGCACCAAUUCACCCUAUUGCGAUGUUGAGUGGGAUGUUCUAUUCAGUCGGUAAGAAUGAUU